AUGGAAUAUGAUCAAGGAGGAACUAAUAGUGACCAUGCAGUUCGCUGUAUUAAACAACUCUCUGCAAUCCCAAACUGUCUUUCAAUUUGCCAUUGGUCAAAAUCUUCAGAGAUUUUGAGUCAAAGACUUGAUGGAGAGUUUCAGGAAGAAGGAGAAAAUGAUUCAGGAAUGAGUAACUUGGAGCCAAUGUUAAAUCGGGUUGCAGUUGGUGGGAGAUCUCUUUUGCAACUGAGUACUGUAGAUUUUGACCGCAUUUCAAGCUUUUACAAUAUUUCUAGAACUAAUUUGGUAGAUAUUGGUUGGUCUAGAAGCUCUCACACUCUUCUAGGUUUGACUUUAAGUGGUUCUGCAAAUAUUUAUGUGGGUCUCAAAGGUAGACACUGGCAAAUGUCAUCGAGAUUUAGGUCUCAUAAUGUUGCAGGUUGCUGUUUGGAAUGGUUAGGUGAUUCCUCUAACAUGUUUACUUUAGGCUUUCAAGAUGGGGAAAUUAAACUAGUAGACGGAGAAGCACUUAGAGAGUGCUCUGGGGUUAAUAUUAAUUCUUCAGAAGAACUCUGUACUCCAAUUUGGUCGGCUUCUGCAACUUCUUCUCCAGUUAGAGAUAUGCAAUCUAGGAAUCUUGGAUCAGAUGGAUUAUGGUCCAAUAAUGAACUUCUCCUGGCUUAUGAUGACGGUACUAUUUCUCACUUGGAUUUUAGAGCAAAGAUCUCUCAGUGCAGUAGGAUUCAGACUCUAUCAAAAGGCCUUAGUUGUGUUCGAUGGAAUCCACAUGAUAAUAAUGUGUUCUCAACUGGUUGUAGAAAUGGGGUCCAAAUAUGGGAUAUACGUAAAAUGGAUGGAAUUACAUCUGUCACAAACAUUAAGUCUCAGUUUGUUGUAGGAAAGGCAAGGUGGAGACCGGGUUUUCCUUCACAAAUUGCAUUUUGUUGUUCAGCUAUUGAUUCUAAUAUCUAUGUUUAUGAUCUUCUAGACCCUAUUAGACCUAUUCAAAGAUUUUCUAAACACUCUGAUGUAGUUAGAGAUUUUGAUUGGCUUGAGUCUGACGCUAUUAUGAGUUGUGGGGCUGAUAAAAGGCUUAUUCUUUCAGUAUGGGAGGAUGCAACUAAACCAUACAGAAGAAUUAAAACAUCUUCAUGUUUGUAUAUUCCAAAUUUCUACAAUUCCAUGGAAGUUUCCCAAAGAGUUGUUUUCAACAUAUCACAUGAAUUCUUUAGGAGGACCGUUAAUAAAAACUAUGAUAAUUACAAUAAUUUGGUUUCUGGACAAGACUCUAAUAAUGCUUUUCCAGAUACAAAUGCUUCCAACUCAAACUCAAACUUCAACUCUAGUUUAAACUUAGAACAGAAAAAACAAAAUGCCGAGUUCAAAUGUAAGGUAAAAGAUCUCAUGGAUAAUUCAGACUCGAUAUUCAAGUUUUGCAGUGAAAGAAAUGAGUUAUUUAAGUACUCUCUUUAUUCAGUAACAGGUUUUCUUCCAGAUAUUGGCUUAGUACAGUUUCCUGGAGAUUUGGCAUCAAUAUUGGACCCUAGGUGUGAGCUGGAAAGGAGAAUACACAUUCACGAGCUCACUAAUAGGAAAUCUGACUGGAUGAAGGUCAUUCACAAACUUGGGAUCUUUGGAUUGGCUCCAAGUUGGAGUUCUAUUUUUUCUAGUUUGGGUUCCAAGAAGGUUUAUAAAUGGAAAAAUAAAUGGGGACCUCGUAUUCUAGUAUAUAAAAACAAGAGCAUUUCUGAAUUAAGUGGAGUAGUUUAUGUUUCCUCAGGAAGAGGAGACGAUCCAAGUAGUCUUCUAUUUAAUGGAAAUAGCUUAAAGAACCUGAGCUUGGAAGAAAAAAUAGAAUGCGUCUUUGAAUUUUUUCUCGAAGUCUUUGGUGUAAGGAUACUUCAGGAACAAAAAUACAGGCAUAUUAUUCAAAGAAAAGGUUCCCAAAAAGAAGUUUUUGAUUCUAUUUUGAAUGAGCUAAGUGUCCAGUCUAACAUGAACAAUGUUGUUAUUUGCCUUUUAAUUGUAAAUAACUUGUUACCUUGUAUAACACCUCCUGAAUCACCAGUAUUAAAGGCCUACCUUUUGAUGCAGGUAAAAUGGACUUUGAACCUCGUAAUUCUCCUUAGGAAACUUGGACUUUUCUGCCUUUCUGCCCAGGUUAUUAAGUCUAGUCAAAUAAAGGAAAUAAGAAAUUUAGGCAGGGAAAAUAUAUCAGAAUCAAACUUUUAUUGUGGAAGCAUUAUACAGCCAAACGAUCAGGAUUCUUCAAACGAAUCGACAUCUUAUUGUAACAAGCAAAUAAAUUCGGAGAAAAUUCUAUUAGCUAAAAACUUUCAGCCUAGAUCAGAUCUUCAUUCCUGCUUAAAGUGUAAUUCAAGUAAAAAUAUCUGUGUGAUAUGUAGCGAACCAGUUUUGGGGCUCUGGGUUGGAUGCCCUUGUUGUAGACAUGGAGGGCAUCCAAAACAUAUUCAAGAGUGGUUUCUUUCAAACUCAAUUUGUCCUUCUGGCUGUGGCCACUUAUGCCUUUACUAG